AUGAUGGUCAAUAACAAACCCGUCCGAAAUCAGACUCCAGCAGUCAAGUCUCCAUCAGCGCUGAUGCUGAUAAUAUGCGUUACCGGGAUAUAUGGCUCGUUCCUCUCCUGGUCAUACCUUCAGGAAAAAAUCUCUUCCAAGAACUACUCGGCAGAAGGCCAAGCCUAUUUCAAAGCACCGCUGAUCAUCAACAGUGUGCAGGCGUUCUUUGCGAUGCUCGUGGGAACAGCGUAUAUGUCUGUUAAAUCUCGGAGAUUUGAGACCCCUGCUCAUUUCCUCCUCCAAGACACAAAAAUGCUACGCAACUUUGUGCUUAUAGCACUGACUCAAGCUGUUUCUUCGCCGGUGGCCUAUCAAUCGCUGAACCACCUGGACUAUCUGUUUUACCUGCUUGCCAAAUCGUGCAAAUUGAUACCUGUUAUGCUGGUCCAUCGACUGCUAUACAACUCCAAAUUCCCCACCUACAAGUAUGUGGUGGCAGGUCUAGUGACUUUUGGCGUCGUGAUAUUUUCCGUCAGUAACAAAACCAAAGCUACCAGCAAUGACGGCCGCAUACUACUUGGGUUCGCGUACCUUUUUGUGUCGCUACUGCUAGAUGGGCUGACAAACUCGACACAGGAUCAACUAUUUUCGAAAUCUCAGUCCAAAAAAAUCACAGGAGCUCAUCUCAUGGCUGGCUUGAAUCUGCUCAAUUCAAUCUUCACAAUCACAUAUACAGCCAUAUUUACGCAUCAAUUAGAAUAUUUUAAGCAGUUCGUGGCCAAUAAUGGGUGGGAAGUGGUGCAGGAUAUUCUACUGUUUGGGUUGCUUGGAUCUCUGGGUCAGAUCUUCAUUUUCUUGACCUUGGAGAACUUUGGCUCUCUGCUACUAGUUACAAUAACGGUGACGCGCAAGAUGUUUUCGAUGUGUCUGAGCGUGUUUCUUUUUGGCCACCAAUUGAACGCGAGCCAGUGGUUUGGCCUAUUGACUGUCUUUGUGGGGAUCUUCCUGGAAUCUUUCUAUAAAAAGUUUGCGCAUCAAAAGAAAAUAGAUUAG